AUGGCCAAGUUGCAAGGCGCCACCGUCUCGCGUCAGCCGGUCAAUCGCAAACGAAAACGGGCCCCCAAGGGCGAUGACCCUUCCCAGACGCCGACGCCCGAGACUGUUUCUGCCGAAACCACAACGACAACGACAACAAUCCCGACGAAGACUCAUGAUGGAGGCAACAAACGCAGAAGAGCUAAAGAUCCCUCGACGAAGCCGGCUCCCCUUCAACGAAGUUCCUCCACGAAUCUGGUCGAGUCCGACAUCCUUUGGCCUGAUCACUUCAAGUACCUCUUGCAAUUGCACAAGGCUCUGAACCUCGUAUACACUUUCUGCUGCACUCGAAAACAUUUUGCAACAACAUGGGACAAUAUCAAGUCGACGGUGGAAGGACACAUCAAAAGACCCCUGCUGGAGGAAGAUGUGGCCCAGGUCAAGGCCCUGGUGCCGCGCGCCAUCAAUUUCGCCUAUGUUGACGAAGAGCAUUUGAUGGUCACGAUUAUGGGAGAAGACGACGGAGUCAAAGGGGGAAGAGCCGAUCAUUUUCGGUCACUAGCCGAAGACGAGAGUGGACCUAAGGACAACUCUGGCACCCCAAAAGAGUUGCUGUUGUUCGAGUUCAUCGAUGGUGACCUCAAGAGACAGGUGGUCGACCCCAAAACUGGGCAGCCCACGAAAGCUACACAAAAGCUGCGGAAAGAAGACCUCAAGAUGCCUGUCUUCAGUCAGAAGUCUAUGUUGAAACUUAUCGAAAAGCGCAAUGUCAAGUUCACCUCGGCCGUAAACGCCUUUCUGAAUGAAUGUGCAGCAGAGCAAAGGGAUCCUGUCGAAAAGAUUCAGGACUUGAAGCAACAAUAUAUCCCCUAUCCAUCCGCAAGCCGUGCAACCACACCUGUGCCCGAGAACAUUGGUCUGCCAAAGGUCAUCCCCAAGGAACGGAAAUCAAUAUCUGAAAUCGUCAAAGAGAUUUGCGAAUUGGAAUGGUACACGCAUCAGAUCGUUCCCGACGGUCACCGCGUCUUUGACCCUCAGCCGGCAAUAUAUGGCGACCUGAAUUUCCAGUUGUCACAGGGCUUGGUGAAUGCCCUCUACAACAGUAGAGGUAUCACACAACUGUACUCCCACCAAGCUGAAGCCAUAAACAACUUGCACGACGGGCACAAUGUGAUUGUGUCGACAUCCACCAGUUCUGGAAAGUCCUUGAUCUACCAAAUACCGAUGUUACAUGAGCUUGAAAGGGACCCUGAAAGUCGUGGCAUGUAUAUCUUCCCAACCAAGGCUUUAGCUCAGGACCAGCGCCGGAGCAUGAAAGAGUUACUGAAGUAUAUUCCUGGUCUCGAAGAUAUCCUGGUGGAAACUUUUGACGGCGACACGCCCAUGAGUGAAAGAAACCUGAUCCGGGACGAGGGUAGGAUCAUCUUCACCAACCCAGACAUGCUCCAUAUUACAAUUCUCCCGCAAGAAAGCGGAUGGCGGACCUUUCUGCGAAACCUCAAGUUUGUUGUUGUCGACGAGCUACAUGUUUACAACGGCCUCUUUGGAGCGCAUGUGGCAUUCAUCAUGCGCCGACUGCGUCGGAUAUGUGCCGCUCUUGGAAAUCGCAAGGUCAAGUUCAUUUCGUGUUCUGCAACCGUGGCAAAUCCGAAAGAGCAUAUGAAGACGAUCUUUGGUGUUGACAAAGUCAGACUGACGGAUUUUGAUGGCUCUCCGUCCGGACGUAAAGAAUUCAUCUGCUGGAAUACACCCUACAAAGACCCGGGAGAUCCUUCGUCGGGCCGAGGAGACGCAUUUGCCGAAACCGCAAGGUUGAUAUGUCAACUCAUUCUUCGUGGGGUUCGAACCAUAGCUUUCUGCCGGGUGCGCAAGCAAUGCGAAGUUCUACUGCAAUCGGUAAAGGCCGAGUUCACCAACCUCGAGAGACCAGAGUGUGCAGCACUGGUGAUGGGCUAUCGUGGAGGAUAUUCGGCUCAAGAUCGUCGACGUAUCGAAGCGGAAAUGUUUGGCGGCAAACUCAUGGGCAUCGUGGCCACGACCGCUUUGGAAUUAGGUGUCGACAUUGGUUCCCUUGACGCUGUCAUCACAAUGGGUUUCCCCUACACGAUUGCCAACCUGAGACAACAGAGUGGUCGUGCGGGACGACGAAAUCGAGACUCUCUUUCCGUCCUCGUGGGAGAUUGCUUUGCUGUGGACCAAUACUACAUGCAGAAUCCCGACGAGAUCUUCACCAAACCUAACUGCGAACUCCAGGUCGAUCUCCAAAACGAGCUGGUGGUAGAGGGUCAUGUGCAAUGCGCCGCCUUCGAAAUGCCAAUCCAACCGGACGAAGACAAGAAGUUUCUGGGUAAGAUGUUGCCCGACAUCUGUGAGGAACGAUUGUCCAAGGAUGCGAUGGGAUACUACCACUGCAACGAGCGGUUUCGGCCUCUUCCAUCCCGAUGCGUCGCGAUCCGAGACACCGAGGAAGACCAUUUCGCCGUGAUCGACAUCACACACGGCCGCAACGUCGUGCUCGAAGAAGUCGAAGCGUCCCGAUCGUUCUUCACUCUCUACGACGGCGGCAUCUUCCUGCAUCAAGGAAAGACGUACAUGGUGAAAGAAUUCUCCCCAGAGCGCAAGAUGGCCCGCGUCCAACUGGUCAAGGUGGACUGGACCACCCAACAACGAGACUUCACCGACGUCGACCCCAUCGAGACCGAGCAAGUGCGCCGCGUGUCCCCUAAUUCUCUGACCAAGGCGUUCUUCGGCCGGAUCAAAGUGCAUAUGGUGGUCUUUGGCUUUUUCAAAGUGGACCAGAAGCGGCGCAUCCUGGACGCGGUCGCGGUGGAUAACCCACCCAUCGACAUCUUCUCGCGCGGGCUGUGGCUCGACAUCCCCAAAUCCGCGCUCGAGAUUUUCCAGCUGAAACGCCUCAAUCUGGCCGCGGGGAUCCAUGCUGCCGAACAUGCGGUCAUGAGUCUGAUGCCGCAGUUCGUGGUGAGCAUGCCGGGCGACGUGCGCACGGAAUGCAAGAAUGCACUGAAGGAGUUUGCGAAGAAGGAGACCCAACGCAAACGGCCCGCGCGACUGACCUUCUAUGACGCCAAGGGCGGCGCGGCCGGGUCCGGGAUCGCGGCCAAGGCUUUUGAAUUCAUCGAUCUGCUGCUGGAGCGGGCGGUGCAGCGCGUCGCGGCGUGUCAUUGCCUCGACGGCUGUACGGAAUGUAUCUGUGACGAACGGUGUAAGGAGAUGAACAUGGUGAUGAGCAAGGCUGGCGCGGAGGUCAUCUUGAAGAGUUUGUUGGGCAUGGAGAUCGACGUCGAUGCUCUGCCGGAGGGAGAGGAAGAGCGUGUUCCUGCUGGCGUGGAGACGGUGGUCUUUGCAAGUGAGGUGCCGGGCAAGAAUGGGCGCAGAGUUGCCGAGAGAGGAUUUGUCGUCAAGCAGGAGAAAGAUGACGAUGACGAUUGUAUCAUUAUCAAGGAUGAGCCUGAAUGA